UAACUCGUAGCCCAAACGCCAGCCAAGCGCGGAAAUGUCAAUUUCGUGAAUUUGUUUAAAAUGCUAGAUAAAAAUCAAGCAGAAUAUUUUCAUAAGAUCAGCGAAGUAUAUAGUAUUAUAUGAUUCAGGUGGAGAUGAAUUGAAGUCUCUUUCGGCAACGGCAACUAAACGCGAGGAUUCUAAAAGUGCGCAAUAAAAAUCAAUAACUGUAAGUGGAACAAACACACACACACACAUGUAAAUCGGUCAGACCCUGUGAGCAACAAGCACCCACACAAAAUGUCCGACGAAGAAGAAGAGUCCUUGUCCGAGGGCUUUUCGGCCAGUGAAGAGGACGAAUGGAAGCCCGGUAAAGAUGUGCGCGGUGGCGAAUCCUCGGAUGACGAUGACAGCGAAUUCGAGGAGCUGCCAGGAGGAGCUGCAGCCGUAGCAGCAGGCGCCAGUGGUCGCUCUCCGGCGUGUGCUACACAAAAAAAGAGGGAACAAAAGCAGCCGAGUGGAAUUAAAGGCGCCUCCGUGAAGAAACGCAAACCUAGCGGGCAAUCGCUGCGCUCCAAGCUGUUCAAUAAGUAUCGGCCGCCACCGAAAACGUUUCCCACAUCGCCCACACAGAACUCACCAUCGGCGUCUGGCUCUGCCAGCCGUUUACCGGCCUCAAAAAACGCCAAAACGCCCAAUGAAAGCAACAACGCGGACUCCAGCAGCGAAUCGAGUGUUGAUGACUAUUUGGUCAAUCCAGCUGAAAUCGAUCUGCGCUCCAGUUUCUUUACGGCAACCAAGGAGAAAUCGCCAGCGCCACAAUUCGAUUGCAAUGCAGGCAUUACAAAUCUGUCCAAUUCUGGUUCCGGUUCCGAGGACAACAACGAAAGCAGCCUCGAGGACAAUGCCAGCAACAAUAAGGCAUUCGAUUUUCGUGGGUUGCUCGAGAAUGCUAACAGCCUGGAACGGACAAGGGAAGCUCUGCUCAGCAAGCGUACCGCUAUGGCCACGCCCCCGGGCAGCCAGGCGAGGCGCAACAGCAACGCUGCCGCAAUGGAUGUCAACGCACUGCUUGCAUUGGGCGAAAACCAAAACUACGCAAAUGAGCCAAUCGAACAACGAGCGAAUGUCAUAACGGAGCGUCGACGUUCUGGAGCAUCUGCAGCAGCAGCAAAGGCAACUGCAACAGAGCAGCAGCCGCCGCCAUUAGAUGCUCCGUCGCGAUUGAGCAAAACCAAAUCCACGCGCAUUAAGCGGCACACAAAAACGCGUCCAGCGUCCACUGUGGUCACAGCUGGCGAUACGGACGACUCCGACUUUGAGGAAGUUGCAGACGCUCAGCUAAGCAGCGAUCCAGAUGAUGCGACUCCAAACGUCUCCGGUGAUCUUGAGAUCCACGUGGGCCUGCCCUCGCGCCACUUAACCAAGGAGCAGAAGACGCAGCAUGAGCUGGAGCUGGCGCUAAAGCGUCGCCUGAAUCGCGACAUCAAGGAUCGCCAGCUGCUGAUGCACAAGGUCAGCCUGAUGUGCUUAAUUGCACGCAGCAUCAAGUAUAAUCGUCUGCUGGCGGACACGAAGCUGAUGCAGGCGACGCUGAAGAUGUUACCCAGUCGGAAUGCAUAUCCCACCGAGCGAGGCGUCGAGCUCAAAUAUCUGCAGUCUUUUGUCACCUGGUUCAAGACGGCCAUCAAGUUGUUGAGCCAGGAUUUGUAUGCGCCCAAAUCAGCAAGCACGGAGACCGCAAUUAUUGAGGAGCUGCUGGCACUGAUCAAGCGCAAGGAGGCACGGUGCAAACAGGAUAUGAUCUUCAUAUUCAUUGUACUUGCACGCGGCAUGGGCAUGAACUGUCGUCUCAUUGUCAAUCUGCAGCCAAUGGCGCUGCGGCCACAGGCUUGCGACUUAAUACCCAUUAAACUAAAACAGGAUGAGAAAAAUAAAAGUCACACGACUAAAAGCGAAGAGGACGGUGAGGAAGAUGUGGUGGAGCUGGAGAGCAAAGCUAGCACGUCCAAGCAGGCAAAGGAUGCGAAAUGCAACUCAAAAACAGCUGCCAACAGCUCAGAUAAAAAAAUCAGCACUGCUAAGGCCAGUUCCACCUCCAAGAAAGUUACUGAAGUUUCCAAAGUGGAAACCCAGCUAAGUUCCAAAUCGGAGGCAAAGGCUAUCAAUAAAGCAACUGAAUCUAAGGCCAGCACAGCCAGCAAGCGCUUGUCGAACAACUCAGAAGUAGCAGCAAAGCCCAACAGUCCUAGGCUUAAGCAAAAGUUGAAAGAGGAGAGCAGCAGCAGCAGUAGCAUUGAAACCAAGGCUAAGCCGCAGCUUUCUCGGCUGAAACGCGCCGUAAACAAACCAGAAAUUGAUGAAGUAAAAAAACCAAGGCUGCAACUGCAAAUUGAGCCAACGCCAGUUGCUCGACGCACUCGCAAUGCAUCCUCAGAUAAGGCCAGAGCAGCAGGAAGCGCGGAAGUUGCAUAUCCUGCAGCCAAAAUAGGCUCACCCGUCAUACCCAAGCUGGUGCUGCCCAAAGCCAAGCAGAAGAAUACACGGGAAAACAGCGAUGCAGAGAAUGCCAAUCCUGGCAACAGUCAACGUGGCACUCGAUCACGCAGCAAAUCGCCCAAAGUGCACAUCUCCCCAGUGUUUCUCAAGGGUGGAAGUCCAGCGGCUUCCACAAGUAAGGUACAAAUUUCGUCAACGGAGCCUGUGCGAGAGCUUCGCACACGCCAGCAAAAGGCCAAAGCGCUGGCCAUACCCCAACUGGAUGGCGGCGAUGAUAGUCUACCAGUGCCUAAGAAGCGACCAAAGCUGGAGAAACUGCAGAAAUCAAGCACAGAUGAUGGCGACUCCACACCAAGCAGACCCAUCAAAAAGGCGCCCGUUCUGCCAAAAGUAGUUCAGCAUUUGCGCAAGGAUCGGCGCGUGCUGUCCACAGAUGAUGAAGCUGUCAAGGAGAAACGCAAGACAAGCGCAUCCGACAUGUGGGUGGAGGUGUGGUCUGAGGUGGAGGAGCAAUGGAUUUGCAUUGACCUGUUCAAGGGCAAGCUCCACUGUGUCGAUACAAUCAGGCGAAACGCCUCCUCGAGCCUGGCCUAUGUCUUUGCCUUCCAAGACGAUCUUAGUCUGAAGGAUGUGACGGCUCGAUACUGCUCAAGCUGGACGACUACUGUGCGCAAGUCGCGAGUCGACAGGGCCUGGCUGGAUGAGACACUGGCGCCGUACCUUGGCAGGCGCACCAAGCGCGACAUAUGCGAGAAUGAACAGCUGCGACGCAUACACUCGGACAAACCGCUGCCCAAAUCCAUUUCUGAGUUCAAGGAUCAUCCGUUAUAUGUGCUUGAACGCCAUCUACUCAAAUUCCAGGGUAUCUAUCCAGCUGAUGCUCCCACUCUGGGUUUCAUACGGAGUGAACCAAUCUAUUCGCGCGACUGUGUCCAUCUGCUCCACUCCCGCGAUAUUUGGUUGAAGAGCGCCCGCGUAGUGAAGCUGGGUGAGCAGCCAUACAAAAUUGUCAAGGCGCGGCCAAAGUGGGAUAGGCUCACACGCACAGUGAUAAAAGAUCAGCCGUUGGAGAUCUUUGGAUAUUGGCAAACUCAGGAUUAUGAGCCGCCCACAGCCGAGAACGGUAUUGUGCCGCGCAACGCGUACGGCAAUGUGGAGCUAUUCAAGGAGUGCAUGCUACCCAAGAAAACUGUGCAUCUGAGACUGCCUGGCCUGAUGCGCGUAUGUAAGAAGUUGAACAUCGAUUGUGCCAAUGCAGUGAUUGGCUUUGAUUUCCAUCAGGGUGCCUGUCAUCCCAUGUACGAUGGCUUUAUUGUGUGCGAGGAAUUCGGCGAAUUGGUCACUGACGCCUGGGAGGCGGAUCAGCAGGAGCAGGCUCGCAAGGAGCAGGAGAAAUAUGAAACGCGUGUGUUUGGCAACUGGAAGAAGCUCAUCAAGGGGCUGCUCAUACGCGAGCGCCUUAAGCGAAAAUAUAACUUUUAAAUUGGUGUUUUUCUGUUUUCUGUUUAUCGUUCAAAUUGUAUUGAAAACAUAGAAAACUAUUUUUGUACUUUAUUUGUUAAUUGUAUUGUAUCAAUCUUUCAAUAAACUUGAUUGGAAUUCGCGCAAUUUA